CUGCCAGGGCAGGUAUCCGCUCCCCUCAGCGGCCGCCCCAUUCCCCGGCCUCGCCCAGGGAGAUGAGCCUGUGACAUCGCGCUCGGACCCGGGAGGGCGAGGGGGACGGGGCACGGCAGGCGAGCAGCGGCUGUGGCCGGGCGCGGAGGGGGAGAUGAGUGUGGCAUGCGGCCGCCCCCGGCGCUAGCCAGGGGCCGGUGCAGGGCUAGCCCGCCCCGCAGGGGGCGUUGAUUGGAGGGGGUGUCUGUGUGACAGGCGGAGCGGGCUGCGCAAGCCCUGUCAGACGCGGGCAGGUGGGGGGCACUGACAGGGAGCUGGUAGGGCGGGACGCGGCUGUGCCGGCUGGUACAAUUCCCGUCCUCCCCCAUCGCAGUAUGCCAGGAGAGGGGCUAGGCGGGCAGGCAGAGCGGGGUCGCUCGUGAGCGGAGGGUGUGAGAGACGAGUCCGAAAUCCAGGUCAGCCCUGGCUGGGUGAGGAGGCAGCGAGAUCAGCCGGGGCACUGACCGCGCAAGGGGCGCGGGGAUGGGGCUGACCUCUCUUCCAGCCCCUUUUGCGAUCGAUGGUGUGAGGGGCUGCUGCUAGUCAGGAGCAUUGGUGUAGAGGAGGGGGGCAGUUGGAGGGGUCUGGCGUCUUCCCCCUCCUGGAGCAGGUAAAAAGGAGUGGACGCCAGGCAGCUUGGGCCGACAUUGCCUGUGGCGGCUGUGACUCAGAGGCUCUUUCUGCUGGGGGGUGAGUUUAGGUGGCAGUGGUAUGGGAUUUUACCCCGGCAGGUUAUAAAUAGACCUGCUCAGACGCUGUGUCAAGGAAGGACACAUUGGCAAGUUCCAGAGAGAGACUAGCUGUGUUUAGCUUUUCUCCGCAGACAGCUGCUGCCACCACAAUGAAUGCAAGGAGGAGGCCUAGCUGUUAGCAGCAGGAUCUUGUAAGCCCUAAGGAGUGGAGUACUGGGUUUUAUCUUAUUUUAUUGUUUUACACACAAAUAAAUAAAACUAGCCAGAGAGAGCAUCAGAGAGUCUUCCGAAGAAGAAGGACGAAAACCCUUAUAAGCUCAUUUCAGAGAUCUGGGAAGAAACGGACUGGGAGUGAAAAUGAAGCCAGAACGAGAUACUUUAGAUGAAUACUUUGAAUAUGAAGCUGAGGAAUUCCUGGUCUCCUUGGCUUUAUUGAUUACUGAAGGUCGAACACCAGAAUUUUCUGUAAAGGGUAGAACAGAGGGUUUCCAUUGCCCUCCAGCACAGUCAAGUCAGCCACUAACAUCUAAGCAUGAGUGCACCGACAAAUUGGCCCAGUGUCGUCAAGCCAGACGAACCAGGUCUGAGGUUAUGCUACUGUGGAAAAACAAUAUUCCUAUCAUGAUAGAAGUGAUGCUACUUCCAGACUGUUGCUAUAGUGAUGAAGGGCCCACCACAGAAGGGAGUGAUUUAAAUGAUCCUGCAAUCAAACAAGAUGCAUUGCUGUUAGAAAGGUGGAUUUUGGAGCCAGUUCCCCGACAAAGUGGAGAUCGCUUUAUUGAAGAGAAGACCCUCUUAUUGGCUGUCCGCUCUUUUGUUUUCUUUUCUCAAUUGAGCGCUUGGCUGAGUGUUUCACAUGGUGCUGUUCCUCGUAAUAUUCUGUACAGAGUAAGUGCUGCAGAUGUGGACCUGCAAUGGACUUUUUCCCAGACACCAACUGAACAUGUGUUUCCUGUUCCUAAUGUUUCUCACAAUGUGGCCUUGAAAGUCAGUGUCCAGUCCUUGCCUAGACAAUCUAACUAUCCGGUUUUGACCUGUAGUAUUCACACCAGCCUGGGCUUUUAUGAAAAGGGAAUACAAGAACAUAAUGUACAUCAGCACUGUGAUUCCAUUGAGAGAGAGCAGCGCAGUGUGUCCAGUUCACAGCGUUCAUGUGGAAAACAAACAUGGACAUUGAUACCUGAAGGCUUGCUUAAUGCAAAAAUAUCCCCUGAAUUUACUACAUCGGUGAGAAACGUAAGACUUUAUCCAGCAACUGGUCUUGGGUCUGCCUUUGGGACAUCACAGUCUAAAGUUCAGUGCUAUAAUGCUAUGGGGGACAAUAAGACACAGCCACAUGAAACAUCAGUCAGAACUUUUAAAUCCUUUUCUUUGGUUGAUCCCCAAGUUUCAAAUAGUCACUGUUCCCGUCAGCCUAUAGGAGAGACUAAUCCUUUGAUAGGUUCUUUACUUCAGGAGCGACAGGAAGUUAUAGCAAGAAUUGCUCAGCACUUGAUUCACUGUGAUCCAUCUACUUCACGUGUUACUGGAUGUCCAUUCAACAUGCAUGAAACCAGUUCAGUUACUUCAAAAGUUUUUUGGAAUAUGUAUGAAGAUGAAGGCUUGCUGAAAAAAGGCAAGGAAACAUCCUCUGUUUCUACUGCUAACACAGAUAUUAUGUUAUCAGAAGACUGCAGUGAAGACCAGACAAGAGCAAUACCAGAGAUCCCAUUGGUUGAUUCCCAUGUUCCUAUGAACCACUGUUCUCGUCAGUCCAUAGGAGAGACUAAUCCUUUGAUAGGUUCUUUACUUCUGGAGCGACAGGAGGUUAUAGCAAGGAUUGCCCAACACUUGAUUCACUGUGAUCCAGCUACUUCACACAUUACUGGGCGUCCACUCAAUGUACAUGAAAGCAGUUCAAUCACUUCAAAAGUUUUUCAAAGUUCACAUGAAGAUGAAAACUUGUUGAAGAAAGGCAAGGAAACGUCCUCUAUUUCUUUCUCUAAGUCUGACAUUACCUUAAAGGACAGCAGUAAAGUAAAGACCAGAACACCUGAUACCCCUCUGACAUCUUGUAGACUUGAUGGUGAAUUGAAGGCUUCUCCAAAGCCCCAAGCAAGAAGAAAACUGAUUCUAGCAAAACCCAGUGAAGUUGUCCAAAACACAUUUCAGCAGACUCCAACUAAAACUACCAAUUCGUUUACUAGCAUAAAUAUAUCGUGUAGCAAAGAAAAUAAAUCUGAACUGCCAGAUAAACUGGAAACAAUACUUUCUGGUUGUCCACAUAAAGACCAAAUGACCAACAAAGGCAUUGGUAAACAGUGUUCAAAUUUCAAUACCACUGAUGAACAGAUUUGCAAAAAUAAACUUAAAGAAAGAACAAUCACGAGUGAGAAUAGUCAUGGAGACUGUUUAAUCAAUCCACAGUUAGAUAAAUCCAAAAUACUUGAAGGUACAAAAAAAGCGACACUAAUGCAGGCAUCUAAUAUUUUGCACAAAAAUGAGUUUAAGUGUUUAGGUAAAGAUUCAAAAAAACCAAAUAUAUGUGAGCAAAAUACCCAACUUGUUAGUAUUGAAAAUUAUUUAAAUAAAGAUCAUGACAAUUUCAAAUGCAAAAAUAAGCAAGAUAAACUGAAAACUGCACAUGAUGAGAAUGAAGACCCAAUUGACUAUGAAUUUCAAAGCAAUUCCCAGAAGAAAUCUGUAGACGACUAUUUGGCUAGGUGUGAACGACUGAAGAAUGCAGAUGUGCUGAGAAUACCACCACUCAAGCAUUCAAGUAUAUGGCGGAAACACAAUUUUCACUCUAUGGAUGGGACUGUAACCAAGGCUUUCCAUCCUCGAACUGGAUUGCCUCUACUUUCAAGUCCUGUUCCUCAGAGAAAAACACAAUCUGGGUGCUUUGAUCUGGACUCAUCUUUGCUGCGAUUGAAAUGUUUGUCUACAAGAAGUCCACAGCAAUGUAUAAACACAGACAGUGACCCAGAAGGCCAUGGGAAACCAUUUCUGAGUUCCAGUGCUCCACCCAUAACAAGUCUUAGCCUUCUAGGAAACUUUGAGGAGUCUGUCUUGAACUAUCGUUUAGAUCCUCUAGGCAUUGUUGAUGGCUUCACUGCUGAGGUGGGAGCAAGUGGAGUCUUCUGCCCCACCCACAUGACUCUUCCAGUCGAAGUGUCAUUCUACAGUGUUUCAGAUGAUAAUGCACCCUCUCCCUAUAUGGGUGUGAUUACUUUAGAAUCCCUUGGUAAAAGGGGUUAUCGGGUACCUCCUUCAGGAACCAUACAAGUGACCUUAUUUAACCCUAAUAAGACUGUGGUGAAAAUGUUUGUGGUGAUCUAUGACUUACGAGGGAUGCCAGCCAAUCAUCAAACAUUCCUACGGCAAAGGACUUUUUCUAUUCCUGUGAGACGAGAAGUAAAGAGAAGUAUCAAUAAAGAAAACAUUCGGCAGACUGAAGAAAGGCUACUACGCUACCUCAUACAUCUGAGGUUCCAGAGUUCCAAAUCUGGAAAGAUCUACCUCCACAGAGAUGUAAGGCUCCUGUUCUCUCGGAAAUCAAUGGAAGUUGAUAGUGGUGCUGCGUAUGAACUCAAAUCUUACACUGAAUCUCCAACAAACCCUCAGUUUUCACCAAGAUGUUAGCAAGCAGUGAAAAUCAGAGUAUUAAUUGAAUUACCAGAUUACUGUUUACAAGCAAAACUUUGGCAUGGAAUACAGUGUAAAAUGAAAUAUGUAAAGAAAUGAAAGUAGUGCUCAAGUGAGAGUCAAUACUCUUCUGUGAUCCUGGACCAGUUUUUGUAAAAGGUUUCUGGAAUGAGCUGUGUGUAUUCCAAGUAGACUGGAAACAAAUACUUAAAUCUAAUCUUUUUGUACUGUUUAAAACCACUUCAUUGGAUGUGUUGCAAUAGCAAAUUCCCAAGUUAGUUUAGUGUUUACACCUUUUAUUUUAUUUUAUUUUAUUUUUCAGUUAUUUAAUAUUUAAUGUUUCAUUUAAUACUCAAGUGAUGUUUGUCUUUAGUGUUCUAAUGUAGCACAAAUCCUAUGUAAAAUCAUAUUAUGUAUUUUUGACAUUAAUAUUGAAAUCUGAAAUAUAUACAGAAGUCUUUAAUUCUGCGUGAUGUGUUUUUAAGUGAUAUUCAUUUAAGUUAUUGAAAAUUAGGAUGAAAUUUUGAACUUCUAUAACAUUAUCAUACUAUGCAAGCAUGUGGUUUUCCUUGUUUUCACUCUCUAAUUUUAGUGACACCCCAUUCUCAUUGCUUCCCACACACAAAUCCUUUUAUAACACAUGCAGCCAUAAUACAGAAUGUGUUUCUUUAGCUACUCACUAGUUCAAAUCAUUGACCCAGUUCAUAUUUUGCUCCUUUAAUUUUUUUGUUUCCCCCGAGUGGAUGCUCUACUAAGAACAUUUCUGGUUCUGUUCUAGUUAAUAUAAAAAUGUCACACAAAAUUACUAUUCUAUACCUGAUUUUCUCAAUUGUUUAAAAAUGUACCGUGAAAACAAAUUAGUACUUAUAUCUUAAAUAUAUGCAAAAACUAUUAAACUUGUAGUUUGAUUUUAUUUUUAGAUGAGGAUUUUCAUGUAAGCUUAAAAGUAUAUUUGAUAGAUUUUUCCAUUUAGGCCACUAGGUGGCUACAUAAAGUUGUAUAUUGUAUUGCAUUAGCAAAUACUUGUAAACACACAACUAAUCACAUGAAAUACUCUCCAGUACAUGUGUAUUCCUGAAACGAAACACUUUCCCAGAUUAGUCAUCAUUUUAUUUGUUUUCAUGAAAAUAAGCUUUCAAUGUCUCAAAAUAAUAUUUACAUAACAGAAGUACAGUAAGUGUUAGACUGAUGUGUAACUGAGCUAGUGAGAAGCUAUCAUUUUUCCCUUGCUUGCCUUCACCCUGAAGUUGUAUAACUAAAUGUUCUCGUUUUUAUUAAUGUUGAAUAUUAAUCCUUACAGUAUUUGGCAAAAGUUUUUAGAUGUUAAUUGCUCAAUGAAUCUGAUCACCACUGUACCACACAGCUUCUUUGACAUCAUUAGUGGUAGAAAAAGGACAUUUUAGUGUUUGUUAGGAGCAUAGUUCCAAUGCACAAUAAACACUUGGGAGAAAGGAAGUCUUUAUUAAACUUCCAGACCCUUCAAUUAAGAUAAGAACUUGCCUGAGACCCUAUAGAAGCCCUCCAAUACACCUUGCCUGAGACCCUGUAGAAGCCCUCCAGUAAAACCAAGGGAGACUAUACUUUCCUGAUAUUUCACACAUUUUCAGCUGUCUUAGAGCUACGGUGGUGCACAGCUUGCAGAAUCUAAUUUUUAUAACCUUGGCAGGAUUUUUUUUUCUGUUAUAAUAGUGUCUUGAAGAUUAAAACUAAACUUCUUUCUAGAGAUGUGAGAAAAGCUGUACAAAAUCACAUUCUAGCUACAGCUUCCAGUCAUGUGCAAAUAGUGUAAAGGAAGUUGUGGAAAGGUUCCCUGUUAGUAGCAAAAACUUCAGGUGCUGGAGCUGUACUGUGUACAUAACUACUUUCUGGGAUAGUAAUGAGAAUGUGUCCUAUUUUCUCUGUAUCUGCUGUUCAGGUAUAGAGUAUGUUUCAGAGGAGUUAGUGUACGACAUGUCAUGAAGCAUAAAUUCCACAUGAGUCCAACAAUUCUGCUUGUGCAUACAAUAUUUUAUUCUUUUUAUACUUGUGUAACUUUUUGUUUAUGCUGCGAAGUAUAGAACUGAAAUUCACCAACUGUGCUUGCGUCACUGCAUGUACCAGUAGCAUAGUAAAAAUACCAGAGUCCAACUCACAUUAGCUUCCACAGUUGCAUUUUCAGAAAUGAUGAAUUAUAUCUCUUAAAGUUUGCUAACGUAAUCAAGGCAUCAAUCAUUAAAUAUCUUUUUCACAUUGUCUCUCUCUGGAAGUAAAAGAUCACAGGUAGUAGGGCCUUUUUCAAAAAUGGAAAACUAUCUGCUGCUUCAAGCUCUUUUACAUAAUUUACAAUAAACACUGCAUGCUUAUAUA